GGUGGUGGGGGUGGAGGGGGAGGGACCCUGGAUGACCAAAGAGCCCUUCAGAUCGCCCUGGAUCAGCUCUCCCUGCUGGGGCUGGACAACGACGAGACGGGCUCCAUUUACGACAGCGAGCCGCGGAAAAAGAGCGUGAACAUGACCGAAUGCGUGCCAGUGCCAAGCUCGGAGCAUGUCGCGGAGAUAGUGGGGAGACAAGGUUGUAAAAUCAAAGCUCUGCGGGCAAAGACCAACACCUACAUCAAGACCCCGGUUCGCGGGGAGGAGCCGCUCUUUGUUGUGACGGGGAGAAAGGAAGAUGUGGCCAUGGCCCGCAGGGAGAUCAUCUCCGCAGCCGAGCACUUCUCCAUGAUCCGAGCUUCACGGAACAAGAACACAGCCCUCAACGGCACCGUCCCUGGCCCUCCAAACUUGCCCGGCCAAACCACCAUCCAGGUGCGGGUGCCUUAUCGUGUGGUGGGCUUGGUCGUGGGGCCCAAAGGGGCCACAAUCAAGCGCAUCCAGCAGCAGACGCACACCUACAUCGUGACCCCGAGCCGGGACAAGGAGCCAGUCUUCGAGGUGACGGGCAUGCCCGAGAACGUGGACCGUGCCCGGGAGGAGAUCGAGGCGCACAUCGCCAUGCGCACGGGUGGCAUCAUCGAACUCACGGACGAGAACGACUUCCAUGCCAACGGCACGGACGUGGGCUUUGAGCUGAACGGCACAGGCAGCCUCUGGAGCAAGCCCACACCGCCCAGCAUCACC